AUGCAGGAGGAGCGUGGGGAUGCUAUGGAAUGUGGCCAGCUGCCGUCCGACCUUCUGCGACAGGUGACGAUCGAGCGCGACCCCUUCCAUGGCUUUGGCUUUGUGGCUGGCAGCGAGAGGCCAGUCGUGGUGCGAUCUGUGACCCCAGGAGGCCCCUCUGAAGACAAGCUCCUGCCCGGGGACCAGAUUGUGGCCAUCAACGAGGAGGACGUGAGCGAAGCACCAAGGGAGAGAUUCAUCGAGCUGGUCAGGAACGCUCCAGAAUACAUUGUCCUCACUGUCCUGCAAACCCACCAGUCACCCAAAUCUGCCUUCAUCAGCGCUGCCAAGAAGGCCAAGCUGAGGUCCAACCCUGUCAAGGUCCGGUUUUCUGAGCAGGUCACCGUGGGCCAGACAGACCUAGACAUGCUGAAGAAAGAGUCUCUCCUCCUCAUUCCCAACGUCCUCAAGGUUUUCCUGGAGAAUGGACAGAUCAAGUCCUUCACGUUCGACAGCCGAACCACGGUCAAGGACGUGAUGGUGACUCUGCAGGACCGCCUUUCCCUCAGGCACAUUGAACACUUUGCCCUGGUGCUGGAGUACUCCGGCCCAGAGGACAGCCAAAAGUUCCUGCUACUCCAGGACAAGCAGCCUCUGGCCCACGUGGUGCAGCGGACCCACUACCAGGGCAUGAGAUGCCUGUUCCGGGUGAGCUUCUUCCCCAAGGACCCCGUGGAGCUGCUGCGCCGGGACCCCGCUGCCUUCGAGUACCUCUACAUCCAGAGCCGGAAUGAUGUGAUCCGAGAACGUUUUGGGACAGAUCCCAAGCCGGAAACGCUGCUGGGCCUCUCGGCCCUCCACAUCUACAUCACUGUCUCAGCUACCAGGCCCAGCCAGAAGGUCUCUCUCAAGAACGUAGAGAAGGAGUGGGGUCUGGAGCCCUUCCUGCCUCCCUCCCUCCUGCAGAACAUCAAGGAGAAACGGCUCCGGAAAUCCCUCUCUCAGCAACUGCAGGCACACCAGGCCCAGGCUCCCAGCUGCGGGGGCCACAAGGCCUCAGCCACCCAGGCGAAGCUCCAGUACCUGAGGACUCUGAACGAAGUCCCCACCUUUGCUGGAGUUCUGUUCAACACUGUGGGGCUGGAUGAGAAGCAGCCGGCCACCAUGCUGCUGGUAGGGCCGCGGCACGGCAUCAGCCACGUCAUUGACCUCAAGACCAACCUGACCACGGUGCUGUCAGAGUUCAGCAAGGUCAGCAAGAUCCAGCUCUUUCGGGAGAACCAGGGUGUGGCCCGGGUGGAGACCAGCAUCCUGGAUGCCAAGCCGCUGGUGUUGCUGAUGGAGUGGCCAGAAGCCACCAACUUUGCCUGCCUGAUUGCCGGAUACUGCCGCCUCCUGCUUGACUCCAAGAAGAUGAUCUUCUCCAAGCCCGCCAGUCAGCCCCCGGUGCCCCCCGUGCCCCCAGUGAUCAAGGCAGAUUACCCGCACGGGGCCCUCCGCCCCCCAUCCGGGGGUCCUGGGGGGCAGAAAGAGAGCGGGCACGUGGGCGGCGGGGGCUCCAGCCCCAGAAAGCCAAGCCCCCAGGCCCCUUCACCGGCCAACUCCGAGCUGGUCGGUUUCUGCUACGUCCACAUGCGGGAGCAGAGGAAGGAGAGGGCGAGCCGGCCGGACGUCAACGAGAACCUGAUCUUCUUUGAGGGGACGAGACCCCGUACCAAGUCAGACCCGACCCCCAAAAGCUCCGGGAGGGGCUGUGACAGGGCGACCUCCGGCCCCGAGCGGGAGCCGUGGACCAGCCGGGCCCGGGCACACACCCUGGACAGCCACCUGUGCCCAGAGGCCCUGCACUUGUACUGCGAGUCCUGCAAGGCCGAAAUCAAGAGCCGCCUGGUCGGCCGCCGGGGCCAGGGUGGCGGACGCGGGGGUCCCUCCCGCGACAACAUGGUGGAUCUGACCUCCAUCCCACCCCCGGGCAGCGAAGAGGAGGAUGAGGAGGAGGGCGGGGAGGAGGAGGAGGAGGAGGACGAGAGCACGGCGCUGCUGCCCGCCCUGGCCGCGCCGCCCCCGGGCUUCCGUGACAACAGCUCGGACGAGGAUGACCCCAAGCGCCGGGCGGCCCAGGGCCGGGAGCCGGGCCGGCGCCUGCGGGAGGAGAUCCCGGUCACUCUGAUCGACAGCGUGCAGACCCGGACCGUCCGGGAUCACGCCCGGGAGCUGGACGACGCCCUGGUGUCAACCCUGCAGGCCCUGGAAGCCCUGGCAGCCUCGGAGGACUGCCCGCACCCUCCGCCCCAGCAGACAGCAGGUCUGAUCGUUCUGGCCGCCAUCACCCCUGAGUCAUCGCUGGACUCCGGCCACGAAACCAACUCCUCGGAACUGACAGAUGUGUCGGAGAUGAUGUCGGCCAUGAAGCAGCACCAGAAUGCGGCCUACUUCCUGGCCCAGCACAUCAACAAGGAGGGUCUCCUGGCCCGGCGGGACCUCCCCUUCCGCAUCCAGAGCUGCGCGGCCCAGACCCUGCUCGCCUCCCCCUACGCGCUCGGACCCCAGGAGCCCAGCCCGGCCCUCAAACCGGCCUUGCCCAGGCAGAGCCCCAGCCCGGCGGGCCACCGGAGACACGCGGAGCAGCAGCAGCAUCAGCAGGAGCAGCGUUACGCUCUGGCUUUGCAGCGCGUCCUCUCCCCGGGACCGCACCCUCCGGUCCUCGGGGGGAAAGGUCUGGGUCACCCCACAUCUGCCCUGGGUGAGGAUCGGUGCUCGGUACCCCAGGAGGUGAAGCCGAGCCCCGAGCGGGUCCCGAGCCCCACGAGUCCAGCCGUACCCCAGGCAGGCAUGCAGCACGUGGCCCACAGCAGGGGCCUGGCAUCCCCAGGGCUGGCCGUGGCGAGUGCGCCCAGGGACGACAGAAGGCUGGGCUCUGGCGGCCCUUCCAAGGCCGUCCAGGUGAAGGGGAGUGUGAGCCCGGCUGACCCCACUGAGAACUAUCUCCAGCCCCCACAGCAGCCUCCACGGCAGCCUCCACCACAGGCUCCACGGCAGCCUCCGCCACAGCCACCGCCACAGCCUCCACCACAGUCGCAGCAGCAUCGUGCUCCCGAGGCUUCUCUGAGCCCAAAAGCCCCACUGGGCCUCAGGACGAACGGUGGUGUCCACUUCUCCCCGGGGGAGGAUGGGCCAGCCUCCCUUCUCUGUCCACCGUCUGGAGGCAGGAGCCCAGUCGAAAAGGGGGCGGGCGGGGAGGGCGAAGGGAAGGCGGCGGUUGGCAGCCCCCGCCCCACCCUGCAGAGGCCCAGGACCCCGGUGGCCGAGCCGGGGGCCAUUGGGGAGGAUCCCCGGACCUCCAGCAGGAGGGUGAGCACGAUGCCCUGCCGGACGGGGCCGGAGAAGGCUCCCGACGGUCCCCACCCAGACCCGGGGCCGGAGCCGGGACCGGACCCGGCCAGGCCCAGGGGCCCCCGGGCGCCCUUCCGGCUGCGGAGCCUGUUCUCGGCCACGUUCCCGGCCCGGCUGCGGAGAGAGACGGACGAGCGCCAGGCGCAGCUGCGGAAAGUGAAGCAGUAUGAGCUGGAGUUCCUGGAGGAGCUGCUCAAACCUCGAGGCCGGGAGGACCCGGCGGGCUCCCACCUCCUGCGCCCCGCCGGACCGGGCCCGUGCACGUGUCAGCUGCGCUGCAGCCCGGUGGAGCAGGUGCCCGGCGUGUCCCGGGAGCAACGGCGCAGCUGCGACUGCAAGAGGCUCUGCCGAGGGGGUAGGCCGCCGCAGCCUCAGCCGCAGGCCGGCCCGCCGGAGGGGCCGGCGGGGCAGCCCGCCCGGGCCCGGGGCCUCAGCCGGCCCGGGGAGUGGGACGGGCCCGGGCAACUGGACCGGCGCGCCCGGUCCAGCAGCCCUGAGCCUCGGAGCCCGGAGUCCUGCCUGGCCACGUGUGCCCCACGUGGCGAGUGCGUGGCCGCUCCGCACUACCGGAAGCUGCUGCGCCGUUGCAGCCUCAGCGAGCCGGACCGGGGCGACCAGGCCUCUCUGACCUCCGACGUGUACCAGCAGCCUCUUCCCCCGGAGGACGGGGACGGGGUCACUGCCCCGGGGGCCAAACUGCCCAGGGCCGCCCUGCUGCCUGACGAGGCCGGUGGUGAGUCGGACCCUGGACAGCCGUCGGACGAGGCCCAGGAGGGCGACCGCUGCUGCUCCAUCCGCGCCUGCUUCUCCUCCCGCAAGGGCGACGGGACGGGUGACCCCGAUGCCGUAGCCGGUGACGGGAAGGACGAGCUGGCCUUCGCCCUCCCCGUGCGGGUCCUGCCCGCCGGGCCCAGGGGUGACCAGGCGGGGCCCCUGACCAGCCGGCCCCUGCGGGCGCUGCCCGCAGCCACCUGCCACAGCCCCGAGCCCGGGCGCACGCAGGAGAUCGACCUGAGGACGGCGACCCUGGAGAGCAGCCUGGCCAAGAUCGGCGCCCUGCGGGGCCACGCUUACGCCCUGCCCGACGGCUUCCGGGCCGCGCAGCUGGACACCGGCGAGCUGCUGACCGUGCUGCGCCAGUGCGUGGCUGGGCCCGGGCCCCCGAGGAACCGGGCGCCGCACCGGGGCUCACAGCUGGCCGCCUGCAAGCAGGACCUGGCCCUCAAUUUCAAGGAGUUCCGGGCCGCCUGCCGCCGGGUGGCCGCGGUGGACAAGAGCCCCACGCGGAUGUUGGCGGCCGUCACGGGCAGCUUCCAGGUGCUCAGCGGCCUGGUGGAGACCUUCGUCCGGCUGGUGCACGCCGUGCGCUCCGAGGCCCAGCGCCGGGCCCUGCUGGCCAAGGUGGAGGAGGUGGCCAGGAACUACACCUCCCUGCUGCGGGCGGCCGAGGACUCCACCCUCCGGACCCUGGGUCAGCAGCGCCUGGCCGCCGCGGGACCCACCCCGCCCGGCCACCCGCCACCCGGCCUGCCGCCUACUGCGAUGGACUCGCUCACCCGCUCCCUCAAGACCCUCAUCAACAAGUAAACCCGCCACCUCCCCGCUCUGGUCCUCGCAUCCACGCGGCCCUGGGCGUGGGCCGUCCGCGGUCCAUCCGUGGCUCCCCCCAGCCCUGCCUGUGCGGGGAACGUGAGUUGGGGGGCGGACCAGGCGGGGGACCCCCAAAGCCUCUGCGGGCCGCUGCAGCCUUGCGGGAUCCCACCCGCUCCCACUGUGAUUGGGGGCUUUCCCCCGGCCCCACCAGCGGGCCUCUGUCAGGCCUUCUGUCUGGCCUCAGCUCAUGCCCCGCAGGCCUCACCCGGCGCUUGGCCUCCUCCACUGGCCUUUACCCAUGCUGUCCCUGGUGAAGGAGGGUAGCGGGUAGCUGCGCCUUCCAGCUAGUUGGGCCUGCACCGUGCCCACCGGGAGGAAGAGGAGAUGUAGGGACCAAAAGUCCUGAGUCACCUUCUGAGGCAGAAGGAAGUGAGGCUAGGCGGGAUUGACGGUCCCCAGUGACCUCGCUUGACCUCGCUUCCCCUUUGAGCCUGGGCCGGGAUUUACAGCCCCUUAAAGCAGCAGGUUCUUCCCGCGCCCUGACCCGAUCCGCCAAAGGCGCCGACUAGAAGUUCGGCAUCUUAGACGUCCUCCCAGGGGUCUGAACGGGCCGGCCCAGCUCAGCCCAGUCCGGCCUCUGUUUUCGCUUUAGCAGAAGGGAGGCAGCCCGUUCUGCCCACCCUCCCAGAGACGUGUUAUCUGGCCUUGAUUAUAAUAACAGUUAUGGUAUUUGUUAAGCGCUUACUAUGUGCCAAGCACUGUUCUAAGCACUGAGGUAGAUACAAGGUAAUCAGGUUGUCCCACGUGGGGCUCACCUUGGCAUCGGGGUCAUUUGCUCUGAACCCCCGGGGUGUCCGGGGAGCUGGGUCCCACGUUCAGUCAUCCGCCUUCCCCGGCCGAGCGACCGGCUUUCUCCAAGAAGAAAAUGAGCGCCUUAACUGGUGUGUCUCAGGCACCAGUCCCUUCCGCCCCCCGCCCCCAUCCCUGGACACCCUGGUAGGGGUACCCCCCUUUGAUCAUUCCCCUGAUCCUCUAUUCCCCGCCCCGCACUUAGGAAAGUUGAGAAGCCCACAUUUUCUCUUCUGUAGCCUUGGGAUCAUGUGGGGUGCAGUCCCUGAGAUUGGGGGCUGAGGUCCUUGGGGGGCUGCUGUCUUUUCCAGGGAUGGGUCCUCCAGCGCUCCAAGGGAACAGACUGAGAAUUUCAUCACUUCCCAGCCAGAUCUCUCUGGCUCCCCAACAGAGGCCCAGUGAGCUCUCUGACACUUUCAUGAGUUUGGUGGGGUUGCGUUUCCUCCGCCCCCGUCCUCCCUGCAACCACCACCUUCCUGACCUCUUGUCCCCGGGAUAGGGGGAGGCUGUGGGGAGGGGAACCCCACAGUUGAUCCUCUCCCCCUGCCCCCCGGGCUCCAGGGAGCAGAAUGGACUGAGAGGCAGCUGAAUUAACCCAUGGUGGAGCUCCUCACUGCAAGACCCUGAAGGCCCAGCGCUGGCAUUCCUGGUUCCACCCUGACAGUUCUCUUCCCCACUCCCCAGUCAUGUCCCCCACCCCCUCAUGCCCCUUCUCCUCCUCAU